UGUCAAUUGUGUUGUUAACAGGUUGGCGAUGCUGGGCCCAUUCUUGAUAUGAUGGCUGUGGCACUAGAGAACAUCCCAAGUAAUGCUGUUGUAUCUAAAGCAACAAUAUUCGCUGUUUACCGGACUGCACAACUUAUUUCUUCCAUUCCUAAUGUUUCAUAUAACAAGAAGGCCUUUCCUGAUGCUCUAUUUCACCAGUUACUUUUAGCAAUGUCCCACCCAGACCACGAAACAAGAGUAGGGGCACACCAUGUUUUCUCCAUUGUGCUUAUGCCAUCUCUUAUUUGUCCUUGGUUAGUUCGUAAUGGAGGACCUGCACAAGCUCUCCUGGGGUUUUCGCCAAUUGCUUCAGAGAGGAUAAAGAAUGGAAGUUUCUCGAUUCAGGAUGAAAGCAAUGACAAACCCAAGGAGGAAGUCAGUCAAGUUUUGGAUAAUGGCGUGACUCAAUCUAUAAAAUGUCCAUCUCGUGGUCGAUCAUUUAGUUUCAAGAAUGCUAUGGUCAAUGGAAAAGCAGAUCUGACUGCCCUCCGAUUGAGUAGUCACCAAGUGAGUCUCCUGCUUUCAGCAAUCUGGGUGCAGGCAACAUCCACAGAAAAUACCCCUGCAAAUUUUGAAGCGAUGGCCCACACAUAUAAUGUCACUUUAUUAUUUACCCGGAAUAAGGUAUCCUCAUGGUGCUGUUUACUUAUAUUUAUUGUUUCUACCAUUUUGAUACUUAUCCCUUGGAAUUUCUUUAUAUGUACUUUUUUUUCUUCUUUUUUCUGGAUUAAGAAUUCUAUAUUGAAAAGAUUCCAGUUGCUUGGGAAAGUAACUCUAAGAUAAAAUUGUAUCUACAAU